ACUAUACAACACGUCCAUUUUAUAAGCGCAUGGAACGUGUUCUGUUGUACUACUUGCGAGCGGCGGAACAGCUAAAUGCAUGGAAUGUAAAAUAUAAAAAUGACCGUUUUGAGAAAAUUCUAAGAAAUGUGCGUCGGCAGUUAUCCCUAUUUCAGCAUCACGAUGGCAUAACGGGCACCGCAAGAGCACAUGUGGUAGAAGAUUAUUCAAUCCGUCUGAAAAAUGCCAUUAAGGAUUGUCAGUAUGUUAUGGAAAUGAAUAUUUUCCGUUUAAUGACUAGAAAUUCUUAUGAAAAAAUGGAUUAUAAUAAGAAAUAUUUCGACAUAGAUGAUUCUAACUGGCCGUGUAACGGCUCAAUUCGUAGUCCAAUUAUUUUUAGCGAAGAAGAUGGAAACAGUAAAUUUCUAGUGUUUCACAAUUCAUUGGCACAAUGGCGAGAGGAAACAGUACAGUUUUUAGUUACUGCCCCAUUUAUUCUUGUCUCAGAUCUUGAUGGCCGUCCAAUACAAGCACAAAUAACUCCAGUUGUAAUUUGGGAUAAAAUAACUCCGACUUUUUUAACUAAACUUUAUAAUUUACAUUUUGUAGUUAAAAUACCUCCUCUGGGCAUGAAAACAUAUAUAUUAAAUCUGAAAUCGGAGAAAACGAAAUCAAAACAUACAUACUUCGCUUCAAACAUCAUAUCGAAUACAUCAUUUAUUGCUGUAAACAUUGAAAACUAUCCAAAGGAACUAAUAAAAUUUACUGCCCAACGUGAAUAUAUUAUAACUCUAACUAAUGGUGGCACCAUACAUUUUAAUAAUAAUGGAACUCUAAAGUCUAUAAAAACCGAUAGGAUUAGAGAACCCUGGCCGGUUUCAGUGCAAUUUUAUGAAUAUGGUACUAACUGGUGGAGCAAACAAUCUGGGGCUUAUCUCUUCUUGCCUAAUGGUCCAGGAAAACCCUUAGUAGGCAAUUUUGUACCUUAUAUUGUAUAUACCGAAGGACCAAUUGAGAGUUCUGUUUGCGUCGGUCUACCUCUUGUUGUACAUUGCACAAGGAUAUAUGAUAAUAAAAUUGAAAUACGUAAUAUUGUCAACAUAAGCCCAUUGAACAAUUUUGAAAUAUCUAUGAGAAUUGCAACAACAAUUAAAAAUAAAGAUGUUUUCUAUACUGACCUCAAUGGUUUGCAAAUGAUCAAGCGAAACUAUUUUCAUAAGCUUCCUUUGCAAGCGAAUUUUUACCCGGUACCCACUGCAGCUUAUAUUGAAGAUGAAAAUACGCGACUUACAAUAAUCACUGCUCAGCCUUUGGGUGGAACUUCUCUGUCAUCAGGAGUAUUAGAAAUAAUGUUGGAUCGGCGUUUAAGUCAAAGCGAUGGCCGUGGCUUAGGCGAGGGUGUACUUGACAAUCAACCAACAGAACAAAUAUUUCAUUUGUUGUUUGAAAACUUAGAAGGUUGUGAAAAACGUGUAGAAAAUCAUCCUGCCGGUGCAUUGACUUUGGCUGCAUACCGUGCUACUAAAGAGCUUCUAAAUCCUAUAAGUAAAUUUGUUUAUGUAUCAUUGGAAACAGCGUUACGAAAAGACUUCGGUACCAAAUAUUCACCAAUUAGUGAUGAUAUGGAAAUAAUUACAUUACGAAAUAUAAUUAAUCUGGAGAGAAACUCAACUGAAGUAAACACAGGAGUUAUUAUACAUCGCACCAAAGUGUUGGAAUGUUCUGCUCACACUGGAAAUCUGAACAAAUCGGUGCAACUACAUAAUUUAUUUCCGUUCCAGACUUAUGGAAGUUCUAUACACAGAACAACCUUAACUUUUUUAAAAAAUUUGGGUGAAGUCGAUAUAGAAGAACUACAAUUUUGUCCUAUGGACACAAAAGCACUAAUUUUUAAACAUAUUCCCUUUAAAAUAUAAUCAAUAUGGAAUUAUGCAAAAGGAAUUCAUCAAGACUUUAAAAAAUGUUUCGUAAAUACCACAACAAAAUACAAGAAACAGAUAAGUAGAUGAGUUAAUCCCAAUGAGCUAGCUAGCGGCUUAAGUGCAAGUCCAACAGUGCGUUAAAAGCAGGUUCCAGGUUUAAGUAAUAUUAAAGUAUAUAAGUAUAUAAAAUAUAGGAAACAUAAUAUUAUUAAAAGUAAUUGAAAAUGCAGCCGAGUCCGUUUUAAAGACCCGUUCUUUAGAUGUUUGUCUUCUGUUACAAAUUAGAUUCUUCUUAUCAAAGCAUAUUGUUAAUAAUAUAAGAUAGGUUAAAAUAAAAGAAAGUGUAAAA